GCGUUCCGACAGCGACCCCGAUUUUGCGACUCCGUGGACGAUGUCCGAGCCUGGCGAGCCGAGGGGACAGGCGGAGAUGGCGCUCACCGCACCUGGAGCGCAACUCGCCGGCCACGCAGCCGCCGGAGCGAACGGCGUCAAAGGCAUGGAGGAUGGUGCAGACGUCGCGACAAGCGACGGGCACCUGCAGAGCGGAGGGGAGGAUCAGGUGCCACGUGACCCGGCCGACGCUAUCCUAUCGCGGGUGGCGCUGAGCGGGGCACCGUCCGGCGCCGCCUGGCAAGAUCACCACCGGCUGGCGGCACGCCGGUUCCUCUCCGACGGCAGCCAGCGCCUGCUGGUGGUCUACGUGGACGCCGCGGCUGGCGACGUCCGUCUCUCGGCCUCCGUGCCCUCUCACGCCGUGGACGAGAUGAUGUACUUUGUGCGGCGACGGUGCGACACCGAUGCCGGCGUCGGUGCGGACGGCGCCGCUACCGAUGCUGCUGCUCCCACCGCUGACGAUUCCGCAAGCGCCGCUGCUACUGCUGCUGGCGCUGAUCCUGCUGCCGAUACUCUCGGCGGCACGGCUGCUGCUGCUGCUGCUGGGGCUACCAGCGCUGCUGCCGCUGCUGAUACUGCAGCCGCUGCUGCUGGCGGUGCCAUUCAUAGCGGCGUUACCACCGCCGAUGCCGACGCCGCCGAUACCGCCGAUACCGCCGACACCGCCGAUACCGCUGAUACCGCUGAUACCGCCGCCGCCGGCGUCGCCGCUGACUGGGCGAGCGCCGAGCGUCUGCUGCGUAGCGGCGCGGUGCUGGUGGGCACGGUGAGGGGCGGCCACCUGGAGGCCCUCUUGCGGGCCAUGGGCGGCAUCUUCGUGCCCUCGCUGCUGCACAACGCCGGCUGGCCAGAGGGCAUCCGCAACGACUUCCGUGGGCAUGUGCACCGUUUCAUGGCCACGCUCACGGACACGCGGCACAAGCUGGAGGGACACACGGUGCUCUACAUCCCGCAGGAGGUCCUGUCCAUGGACGCGGAAACAGCCGCGUCGGACAAGGAGUUGGUGGGACGACUCGAGAGUGAGUGA